AUGGUAAAUUUCUCGAUGGACAGCAACGUGUUGGACUCACCCGCGGACUCGCUGGACCUGCGUCAGCCGCCCUCGGGCUACACUGCCAACGGAGACAGCAGCCGCGGCGAGAGCAAGUUUUUUGCUCUCAGCAUGAGCGGAACCAACAUGGCCGGCAAGCCGUCACAGCUCGCCACUCCUUUCGUAUACGGCACGCCCGUAGACAAGACCUACAAGACGUGGCCUUUCCUUACUGUCGGCCUGUGUGCGGCAAUGGUUGUUUUCGGCAUCAUCUACCACGAGCUGCCCGAGUACCGUCUAGGCUUUCGCUACCAGCUGUACGUUCUCUUCGGCUCGACCGUCGAGAACGCCAAAUGGGUCGGUGGACACCGUGAAAUCGUCGAGUUUGUCGUCAACUACAUGCUCAUCGGACUGCCGUUCAUGAUUGGUGGCAUGGCGCUUGCACUAGGAGAUGCACUGCCGCCUGUGCCGACGGGAGCACACCGGACAGUCAUGCGCUUCCUCAAGCGCAAAAUAUACGUCGGCACCAUCAACAUUUCGUACGCCGAGUCUAUUUGCACACUGGUGUUCCUCGGACUGAACGCCAUUUGGUUCUCCGCCGUAUUCUCGCGCAACUACGACGCCCUCGUAGAGGCAGAUUCCACCGAUUCGGCUUCAGUCUUCCGACUCGUAGGUCAGGUCCUUGGCUUUAACGCCAUCUUGUGCUUUUCUCUGCUGAUUAUCCCCGCGACUCGUAACUCGUUCUGGAUGAUUUCUAUGGGCAUCGACUACUCCCACGCUAUCAAGUAUCAUCGAUGGAUUGGGUUCUUCACUGUCACAAUGGUGGCACUUCACGCCAUCCCGUACUACUACGCGUGGUUCAAGAGCGGCACGUUCCUUGAGUCAGCCUUCCCAUGCAUGGACUGCGACUACGGAACGGUGGGCAAGGGGCGUCUGCAGAACUUCUGCGGUCAAUUAGCGCUGCUGUGCUGCAUCAUCAUCGGCGUCACGUCGCUAAGUCCGAUCCGUCGCAAGUAUUACGACGUGUUCUACUACUGCCACCAUCUCUUCAUCCUCGUGCUCUUCUUCAGUGCUCUACACUUCUCGCAGUUCGUCAUUUGGAUGUAUCCUGCUGUGUGUCUCUAUGUCAUGCACCGCAUCUUGGCUCGCAGCCAGAGCCGCAUGCCGUGCGAAGUCGUGGACUUGGAAGCCAUCCCCGGUGAGAUCACGCGUCUUGUAUUCCGUCGCUCACCAGGCAAAUCCGGUCACUACCAUGCUGGCCAGUUCGUGUACCUUCGUGUCCCGCUACUGUCACACACGCAGUGGCAUCCGUUCAGUAUCAGUUCAUCGCCGAUCGAGUACGAGGACACGUUCACUGUUCACGUCAAGUGUAUUGGUAACUGGACCAAGUCACUGUAUGCCGUCGCUAUUCAGGCGCGUGAGGAACGCAAAAUGCCGCUCAUCUACGUUGAUGGCUUCUAUGGCAAGAUGUCCGACGACUUCCAGCACUACCCAGCUUUGGUUUUUGUGGCUGGUGGUAUUGGCGCUACUCCAGUCAUCAGUAUCGUGGGUAAGAUCCUGGACUGCAUGCGCAACAACGACCCGAACAUGGAGUUCACUCAGGUUUAUUUCCACUGGACGUCACGUGAGAUCGGUAUUUUCCACGAGUUCGAGCCUCUGUUGGAUGCCAUCGAGCAAUAUGACCCGGACCACAUCAAGUUCAAGGUUCGUCUCUGCUUCACGGGUGACCAGCACUUAGGAGGCGUGGAUAUUCCCAACGGUAUUACACUCAAGCCUAUGGACGAUACGAGUAUGGUGGCUACUCGUCCGUUCUUCCAGUCGUCGCGAUCGGUUCCUCGUCAGAUGCUGCUGUUCUUUGUCACGUUCACGUGCAGCUUCUGGUGUCUGUUCCUCAUCCGGUUAAACUACCCCAUUUUGGGUGACCUGCGCGUCAACCAGAACAUGUGGCCCAUGCAGCGUGUCGUGGAAGUUCUCAUCAUGAUUGCUGGUGCUGCUGCGGGCUGGGCUGUGGUGUUUACGGAGCCCACGCCUCGAUCUAUGAGCCGAUUGGAGAAGUCUCGUAUGAUGCCUACUUUAGGAGGCUAUGGGCCGCAGGAGACGAUGGCCAAUGUCGCCCGUGGUUCAGAGUACUCGCACUCGCUCUCGUUCGACGGCCAGGAAGUCGAGUUCCACUAUCCUGUGAGUCGCUCACGGCUGAACGUGAAGGAACUAUUCAACGAAAUUGUGAAGGAACAGUCGCACAACUUUGCAGUCAAUAUUACGGGCAUUGGCACGUGGGUAUCAGGCCCCAUGGGUCUCAUCCACGCCGUGGAGACGGAGGCCUCCAACUUUGCCGGCAUCUUCGAUGUGCACUAUGAGGAGUUUGAGAUGUAG